AUGGAUUCAUAUGACAAUAGCAAAAUAUUUCAAUUCUCUCAAGGAUCUCAGGGCACAACUUCUAUAGCUAACUCACCCGUCAAAAAAUUCAUGGUUCCGCCAUUGGGUCCAAGGUUGGAUGGUGCUGAAAUGCUUGCUUGUGGUCUAGCAACUCACUUUGUUCCCUCAGCCAAAUUGCCUCUAUUGGAAAAAGCUCUAAUUUCGAGAGCAGCUUCAGCCAGCUACUUCAUCUAG